AGAGGUGAGCAGAGGAGUUUUCCAUGUGGUCACCGUGUGGGACUAAGUGUCCCUUUUUCCUGGGACUCCCACCCCUUCCCCUGGGAAAUCCCUCCUAUUAGGCCUUCUGAUAAAAGCGCUGAGUGCUACAGGAUGGCACAAGGAAGAGCCCUGGUUUCACAGACACACCAAGACUGCUCCAGAGAGGCCUGAAUCAGACACCUAGAAUGAAGGUUGCUGCUGUGGCCCUGGUGUGCCUGCUGCUGGCUACGGUGUGGGCAAAAGAUGUGGACAGCAUGAGCUUGCACGUGGCCUCUUCCCGGUGCUGCUACUCAUUUGUGGAGAGAAAGAUCUCCCAUCACAGAAUUCAGAGUUACAAAGGCACCAGCUCCUCCUGUCCUUACGAAGCUGUGAUAUUCAAGCUUAAGGGUGGCAGAGAAAUCUGCGCCUUGAAGACAAUUGAAUGGGUUCAAGAUUACUUGACAAAGAAGAAGAUCCUCAGGCUGAAGGGAAAAUAAGGAAUUCCUUCCCAUCCUGGCCUCCAGAGACCACAGAGUUCCACUUGUCCCCCAUCUUCCAACUGACACCUUUUCUUCUGCCCACCCUCUUGGAGCCUUAGAGGACUGCAUGGUCUUGAUAAGCUAUGUUGCAACACUUUAUAUAUUUAAAUAUAGAAUCUCCAACUCCU